CUUAUGCUGAAGGCUCAUCGACAUUUUCUUGGCAGUUUACUUCAGUUAAACUCAAAGAGCUUCUCAGCCAACGUUAGAUAAUGGUUAGACUGAAGUCAUGUUUCCAAAAAGGAAGCUUAUUCUUGAGAAAACACAGGAAAUGGCUACACUCUCCUUUCAAAUCCAAAUGGCACCAAAUUUUCAGUCAACAGCUAGCCAUGAUUAACCUCAAAAAACAACCCCCAAACCCUAGCCCUAACCCUAACAAUCUCCUCUCCUCUCUAAUUGACUCCUUUGACCUCUACAAUUGCCAACCCACUCCUCAAGCUUAUGACUUUAUUAUCAAAACCCUAAUUAAAACCUCUCAGCUUCACCAAAUUCCCAUAAUCCUUGACCAUUUUGAAAAAGUUGAAAAUUUUGAGACUCCCCAGUUCAUUUUAGCUUAUUUAAUUAUGUUUUAUGGAAAAUUAAAUGAUUUGCAAAGUGCUGUUGAUUUGUUUUAUAGGUUACCCAAGUUUAGGUGUGUUCCUUCUGUUUAUUUACUCAAUACUUUGCUUAUUGUUCUUUGUAGAACCAGUAAAGGUCUGAAAUUUGUUCCUGAGGUUAUCUUGAAGAGUCGGGAUAUGAACAUUAGAUUGGAGGAAUCUACCUUUAGGUUGCUGAUUGAUGCUCUUUGUAGAAUCGAAAAGGUUGGUUAUGCUGUUGAGAUGUUUAAGUGUAUGAUUGAUGACGGACUUAGCGUUGAUUCGAAGAUAUGUUUUUUGUUGCUGUCUUCGUUUUGUAAGCAGAAAAAUGCGUCUAGUGUUGAGGUUUUAGGGUUUUUAGGAGAGUUGAGGAAGUUGGGGUUUUGUCCGGGGAUUGUAGAUUAUAGAAAAGUUAUUAGUUUUUUAGUGAGAGAAGGAGCGGGUAUGGAGGCGUUAAAUGUUCUGAAUCAGAUGAAAUUAGAUGGGAUUAAACCUGAUAUUCGUUGUUAUAAUAUGGUUUUGAAUGGGGUUGUUGCAAAUGGAGGUUAUUUGAAAGCAGAUGAGUUGUUUGAUGAAUUGCUUGUAUUUGGUUUAAUUCCUGAUGUUUAUACUUGCAAUGUUUAUAUUUAUGGGUUGUGUAAGCGAAGCAAUGUAGAGGCAGGAAUUGAAAUGGUUGCUUCUAUGGAGAAGUUAGGAUGCAAACCUAAUAUGAAUAUGUAUAAUAUACUGCUGGAGGCGUUAUGUAAGAAUGGUGAAAUAAACAGAGCUAGAGAACUUGUGAAAGAAAUGGGUUCAAAGGGCUUUGGUUUGAGAGUGCAGACAUACAAGGCCAUGAUUCAUGGUUUGAUUAGUAAUGGUAAAAUCAUUGAAGCUUGUGUUUUGUUGGAGGAAGCACUGGAUAAGGGUUUAUGUCCCCGUAGUUCGACAUUUGAUGAGGUAAUCUAUGGACUGUGCCAUGUCGGUUCGAUGUGUAAAGCGAUGCAGUUACUUGUGACAAUGGUAAACAGUAAUCUCUCUCCUAGUUCAAGGGCUUGGGAAGCUCUUCUUGUUGGAUCUGAAUCCAAUAUUAAUCUUGUAGAGGAUUUGUUCAUUGAAUUGGUGGGCAAAAAUCUCAAGUGACAUCCUGGUGAACUGUUUAUAAGGUUAAAGCUACUACAAAUGGCAUUGAUGAUCUGCUGGACCAACUAAAAAAGUAAUUAAUCUUACAGAAACUACUUGGAUUUGUUUUGUGGACACAAAUCACUCUCAACCAAGUUAGCUACCAAGUGAAGUUUGAACCUCCAGGAUAUUCAAAACUACAAGUCUACUUGAUUACAAGCUGAAGAAUAGUUGGUUGAUUGAAAGAGCACUGGCAUGGCUUCGGCAUCUUUACGUUCAUAUUGUAGCUAGCAACUCUGUAGCUCGGUAAUGGAAAUGCUGAAAUGGGAAACGGAAACGAAAUGUCAAAAUUUAAUACUCGAGAAGAUUAUGUGCGACAUAAAGCAGUACUGCUCCCGUGUCAAUUGUCUAAGGAAGCAUUUAUAAAGGUCCCGUCGGCGCCGAUCCUGCCUUUCCAGUCAUUUUUUGGAGAGAUGAGAUAUACUCCUUUAGGCACGCCGCCUCAGCCAGAGUCGGAUAAGUUAUGGCAUGCACCGUCGACGUAUCCAGGCGACGCCUAGUGUACACCGACACAGUCUGGUUUUGUUGCAGAUCUGUUCUACUAUACCGACCCCCCCUGAUUUAGCACGGGCGUCAACGUCACUACAUCAGCUGCCUGCUUCAGGGUCCCCUCAGGCCUAGGAUCUGUCACAGAUGUAUUUCGCGGCUACAAAGCCGUGGUUGACCAUUACAGACCUUGUGGCUGAGCCGUUUACCGCACAUCAGUUUCAGCAUUUCACGCCUUCAGGUUUUACCCUGUACCCAGACCUCGCAGGAUCUCCGCGACACUGCGCCAGCUGCAGUCAAUGACCAUCCGGACCGGACUACAGACGAUGAUAGUGAUGAUUCAGAUGACAGUGACGAGGGUGAUGAUGGCGAUUAAAACAUUGUGACUGAUACCUCGCGCCACCGACAAACUCAACAGGGUUACAACAUGUGGACCCGAAUGCGGCGACCGGCACGAUUUCAUGAUUAGUUUUGUUGUAUUUUGUACCAAAAAUUUUGUAAACAAUUUUAAAAUAAUAUUGUUUUUUGUGUUUAUUACAAAUAUUAAAAUUUAGCUUUUUAAUUUUUAAUAUUUUUAUUAAUUUUAAUUUAUUAAGUAUAUAUUAAAAAUAUUAAAGUUGGUUUAUAUUAAAAUUGAAUAUUUUUUUUUUAUAUAUAUAAUUCAGGUCAAUGAUUGGCAAUGAAUUGCCCAAUCAUUCAACAAAAUUGUUAACUCAAUCAUUAGGGAGAUAAAAGUUGUCUUCUCAACCAUUGGAGGCACCAAUCGAAGUCGAUUAGUGCUUAAUCACCUAAUUAAUUAUUAAUGAGGUGAUAGAGGGAAAUUCAUAAUCGUGGAUUACAGAUUCAUGAAAGGCACUAAUGAGAAUAUUAUUUUUGAAGAGGAAUUAUUUGGGCAAAAACUCCUUGUAAAGUAGCUUCCAAAUACAAUUGAACAAAAUAAAAUGUACGAGGAAAGAAAAGAUAAGAGUUAUGGAGAUGGAUCAAAAAGUUUAUAGAGAUAUGGUGAAAUGGGUUUUUGUUAUUGUCAACUAAAGCUCGAGAGGGAUGAGUUUGCAUGUUAUUGUUAUCUUUGUAGAUUUGCCGCCUCAGUGGGGGGUAUCCAAAUGCUUUAUAUAUUCAUUCGUAUAUUUUCAUAACGAGAUGCCACUUUAAUUAUAUUUGUAUUUAUAGUUAACAUUUUAUGUAAAUAUAUGUGCUUCAUAUGC